UUGACAUAAGAUUAAAAGAUAUCUAUAAUAACCUCUAAAUAAUUUUCAACUUUCUGACUCUGUUUCUGAUUUGUUUUAGAUUUUUUAGAAUUUGAUUUUUCCAUAGACUUUCCUGGGAAUGCAGGGAAUAUUACGUCUAUUAUCCAUGGCAGGCAAAAAUAAACUAUAACAUGACUAUAACUACUAUAGUAUGUAUUUUACUGUCAGUUUACUUCACUAAUUGACGCUUAAAAAUACUGAAACUUUUGAUUUCAAAUCAGUGUUAAUUACCUCUUCACAAUUUUAAUCAUUGAUAUACAUAAACAUGGAGAUGGAAAUAGCUGAAACAAUAGUAUCUGCAACAAAAUAUUUGAAGAACUUAACUGGUUUACAAGACGAAAUUCGGAAAGCUGAAAAACAGAUACUAACAACCUUUGACGAAACAUCUAAUAAUAUUAAGUCGACAUUUUCUAAUUUGAGGAAGGUUUUAAGCGAUAUUUUAACCAAACGCGAAGAAGACUUGUUACAGAAAGCUGAAGAGGCAAAAAAUGAUGGUUUAGUGCCACUUGUUGAGUGCUCAAAUAUUAUCAAAAGAAGUAUUGAAUCCACAACAAAUUUAAUUCACCAAGGAAGCACGAUAAAUGGCAUUGCAUCUCAAGAUUUUGUUUCUGACUUUCUAGAUAAAGGCAAUCUUUUAGGUAUAUUGCCUGAGCUGCCAGAAGCUAAAGAAGUGCCUUAUAUAUCAUUUUUGUUUGACCCAAUGUAUGAAAGUGAUUUAAAAAAUGUUUGUGUUAAUAUUGGUGAAGUUUUUCGGGUUGCACCAAUACAAAUUCAAAAACUGACUCCAAAACCUGGAGCUCUGUUAAUAGAAUGGCAACAGAAAUAUGAUACUGGUGAUGAUAGAGUCAAAGAUAUUCAGGAAUUUAGACUUCAGAGAGCUUUUGGAGAUGUGACGAAACAGAAAAAUACCGUAAACUUUUUGGAUUGCUAUAGAGGACUAGACACUCAAUUCUUGCUCAGAGAUAUACAGAUUUGCCAACCUUAUUCUUUCAGAAUAUGUUGCAAGUUUGAUGGAUUCACAGUGUGGAGUCCAUGGUCUGUUCCACAAGUUGGUAUAACAACUUUAAAAUGGUAUUCUUGGGAAGCAUCAGAAGAUUCUGUAUUAACAAAUGAUAAUAAAAUUGCAAAGGUGGAAAGCAGUCUAGGAAAAAUAGUUUAUUCGGAUGGAGCACAAGUCAGUUUUAGUGAUUCCCUUGAAUUUACUAUUCUAGAUGUAGACCAGAGAUUUGAAGCUGCUAUUGCUGUGAUUCAGAGUAGGAAUAAAAAUUGUAGUAUAUUAAAGGAAUAUAAUGAUGGUAUAUUUUUAAUAGAUAGUAAUGGAAAAAUAUUUAUUGAUGGUGUAGAAAAGUCAACUGUCUUGCCAAAAUUUGCCAAAGGCUUAAAGGUGGGCUUUUCAUUAGAGAAAAUAUCUGAUGACAAAAUUCUAGUUAAUCUGGAUUCAAAUGAGAAAAGAGUGACAUAUCAUUGGUGUCUGAAUGAUGGCUCAAAAUUAUAUUUUGCUGCUCAUUUAGCCUCUCAAUGGAAAAUCAUGGUUGAAUAAGUUAUAUUUUUACUACUACAUACGUUUUACCUAUUUUAUUUCAAGAAUUUCUUCGUUAUGUUAAAAACAGUAUUUCAUAAUCCUGAAACAUUUCCUCUAUGAUGCUUUUAUACAAUUUUUAAUACGUAAUAUACAAUACUUCGUAAAUAUUUAAUUAUGAGAUUAACUAAUUUAUAUGUUUAUUGAACUAAUUAAUUGUAAGUAAUUAAGUACCACUGUUGGUUAUGAACCUAUUCGAUUAAAUAAAGAAAUGUAUUUAUAUG